UUUGUAUAUAUUUUACAUUUGAUUGGAUUUGUAUAUUUACUUUAAUCUUAUAUUUCUGCUCUUGAAUGGAGCAACUGAAACUAACACAGUGUCCCACUGUGAUCAAUCAAGUAUUUCUCAUCUUCAUCAUCUUCUUCAUCUUCAUCAUAUCGUAGCGCGCCGCGCCGCUGCUCUAGUUGCGCAUGAUGACGCGCUGCCGUGUGCGCUCCGCUACAGCGCCGCUCCGCUAGCAGCGGCAGCGGCAGGAAGUGAGUGUCUGCGCGGCGGAGGGGAAAGACCCGAGAGCCCAGAGUCUGCGGUGGAGCGGGAGGAGGAGAAAUAAAGAACCAUGUCUAAUCCGUGAAACGUGCACAUUCUGCACCUCCGCGCCGUGCAUCGUCCGCCCGGCGGCCACAGAGGCCAUCAGAGGUGAUACCUCAGUGGCUGGUGUGACCCCAACAGGGUCACCACCUCCAAGGGUGGGCCCCGAUUGGCUGGACCUGCACUGCUGGUUCUUGGGGAGAAACUGGCUGCCAUCUUUGACCUCCACUGAAGAGCUAAGCCCCACUGUUCCUCCACCUCCCUUACAUCACUGUUCAUUGCUCUGUUGUGAACUGUGAAUCUCUCCAACUGAUUUGCUUUAGAGUACUAUGGCAAUGCAUGAUAUGAGUCGUGCCAAGGGAUUCCCCUGUAAAGAAUGUGAUAUGGUUUGCCCGAGUACUCCAAGUCUUCUAGAGCAUAUGAAAGCACAUUAUCAGCAAGAAGAGACCGGACGUUUUGAGUGUGAACAGUGUGGCCGAAUUUACAAGCACGCAGCUAGCUUAGCUAAUCACAAAAAGUCUCACGAAGUGGGCUCAUUCCAGUGUCCUGUUUGUACCCGUACCCUACCCAACGCUGUAGCCUUAAAGAACCACCUUCGUAUUCAUACAUUGUCUCCCAGUAGUGCUCACACAGAAGAAGAGAGCGAAGAAGUACCUGAAGACGCAGGCCACGACGAGAGGGACUACGGUCUCGCCCAGGACCUCUCAGACGGGUUUGGCCGCUCCCAUUUGAAUAAUAGUGGUAUGGGACAUAGCGUCCUACAAGGCCACGAGACAGACGAACACGGAAAAAAAGGCUCCCCUGAAUCUGACGACGCUUGGGACAGACCGUUCAAGUGUGAUCAGUGUGACAGAACCUACCGGCAUCACGGUAGUCUGGUGAACCACAAGAAGUGUCACCAACAAGGAACUUUUAAGUGCUCUGUGUGUUUCAAACAAUUCAACAACCUGGCCGCCCUAAACAGCCACGAGAGAACUCACUCGAAGUUCAAGACUCCUGGGGCAUCAAUGGUGAGCAGCAGUGGUAGUGGCAGCAGCGGCACUCAGUCAUCCCAGAGCAACGACACAACCUCGUGUUUCUGCCACCUGUGCCAGAUAGCACUGCCAAAUAAAGCAGACUUUCAGGAGCACAUCCUGCUGCACAACACAGCCUCGCCAUCCCUUGGCCUGCCCCGCAGUUUCCCUGGCAUCAUGCCUCACAAUCUAAGUGCAGUUCGAUCCCCAGCAUACACACCAGCCCUGGGGGACCCUUUGCCCCUGCCACCUCUGCCCACUGAGAAAAGAGGACCCUAUGACCCUAUAAUGGGCCCUCCAGUCAACAAUCCCAUCUACACGUGUGCAUACUGUGGCGCAGGACACCCAGAUCUUGAGACCUUGAAAGUCCACUAUCUAACCCAUGAUCCCCACCCUGCUUCCCAUGGACAGGAUGGAUCCAUCCUCAACUCUGACACACUAAGUUCUGGAUCACAGGGCUCAGUAUCCUCUCCCUCUGGAGGCCGUGUGCCCCAGGCACAUUCUCCAGAUGAUGGAGAGCGUCGCUUUAAGUGUGGGGAGUGUGGAAAAAGUUACCGGCAUGCAGGAAGUCUGGUGAACCACAAACGUUGCCAUCAGACAGGCCACUACCAGUGCACCAUCUGCUGUAAGCAGUACCCUCACCUGGCAGCACUACACAGCCACCUACGAAGCCACAAGGGACGUUCCUCAAACCAGCCUAUUAAUAACGACAGCAAUGACUGGCUUUCUCCAGAGCCACUAACUUUGGACUCCCAGCAGAGCUAUGUCCAGGAAGGCAGUGGUGCCACCACUCCAAUCUCACUGCCAGGGAAUCUCGGUGAUGCUGCCCACUUUGUACCGGAUGGUGGCCACAGCAGUGGGUUGGACUCUCUUGAGUUUCAUGAUCGUUUUGAUGGCAGCUCACUUUCCCAAAGCAACUCAGCACACCGUCAGGCUGACAGACAUGUGUGUGCUGACUGUGGUGAAAUGUAUGGUGAUGUAUCUGGCAUCAAGUCACACAUGUGUCCCCGCCAUGGCCAGCAGCCACAGCAGCAAGGCAACAUGUCCAAUGGUUUUAUGGGGAAUAUGAACUAUCACAGCUCUAGUGGAACAUCAUUACCUGCUGGAAGCUCCAGUAACUUAAAAGAAGGCGGCAGCCAACGACAGUACUCCCAGAGCGGAGGGAAGAGAAUGGGGAACAACGACAAAGGUGAUGAGGAUGAUGGAGAAGUGUAUCAGUGCUCUGUGUGCGGUAACCACUAUGCCAGCCUCAGAGCUCUUAGGAGCCACCUGCGUAGCCAUGCCAACAACCCAACAGGACCAGGACCUUCCAACCUGGAGCAGGAUUGGAGAAUGAUCUGCUCUACCUGUGGCCAGAGCUUCUCUAGGAAGCAGGACCUCCUGAAUCACCAGUUAGUCCAUGGCCCCCAAAGGCCAGACGGCCAGCAGCAGGGUAUUGGAAGCAGCUCAGCUAAUGGCAAUGACAAGAUGGAUGGGCGAAACCACAUUUGUGUUGACUGUGGUAUGUUUUUUGCUGACCGCCACCACCUAAUCACCCACCUGUGUCCUGGUAAGAAUCGGGCCAGUUCACUGAGCAAGCAGGGCCUGAAUGGAGCCAAAGGGAUGUCUGGAGGCGAUGGCGUUGGUGGGGGAGUUGCGGGGGGGAGCCGUGAUGUUGGUGGUGAUGGACGCAGGCCUAUGGUUGACCAAAGUGACAAGCCCCACAAGUGUGACCAGUGUGGACGAGGAUACAGACACCCCUGCUCACUCCUCAACCACAAGAAGUCACAUAAAACUGGUGUUUUUCGCUGCUUGGUAUGUCAGAAACGCUACUACAAUCUGCUGGCUCUCAAGAAUCACCAAAGGACCCACUUUGACCUGAAAAGGCACAAGUGUGAAGAAUGUGGUAAGGCUUUCAAGAUCCAAAAGCAGCUGAUUAACCACCUUCGUCUCCACGAGGAGCAUCGGGCCAAAGGUCUCGUCCGAACUGGCCCAAACGGUUCCCGCUUCCAGCAGCCAGGCCCAUCUCAAAUGCAGACUAUGAGAGGAGAGUCAUCGAAGGGCCAGGUAAUGGGUGCCAAAUACAGCCACCAAGGGUUCAAGAAACCCUACUCUUCAGCUGGAACUUCCAGACCUCAGAAGUUUGACCCUGCUGAAAGUGGACGGCGGCCUUUUGCCUGUGAAGAAUGCGGAAAGACAUACCGACAUGCAGGCAGCCUAGCUAAUCACAAGAACCUUCACAAAAUUGGGGAGUACCACUGCAAUGUUUGCAACUCUACGUACCCCAACAGGCUGGCAAUGAAAAACCACCUACGUCUCCACUUUGCCCAGAAGAAGCACAACUGCCAAGAGUGUGGAAAGGGCUUCCGCACUCAGAGACAGCUAGCUACCCACUCUACAGCUGGCCUCUGCAAAGGCCCACAGGGCCCUGGGGCCCAAAUGGAUUUUGAGUGCGAUGGCUGCUGUGAAGGCUUUGCUACGGCUGAUGAGCUUGCAGCCCAUGACUGCCCAGCCCAGCACCUGCCUUCGUCCUCCUCCACCAACAGCUCCACCAACAUCAGCAUGGAGAGAAGUUCUGUUGACUUGGACUCUGAUGAGAGACCCUACGCCUGUGACCUGUGCAGUUGUGCCUACAAACAUGCAAGCUCCUUGCUGAACCACAAGCACACCCACAAGACAGGCAACUUCCGGUGCAACUUCUGCGACAAGCCCUACACUAACUACAUGGCGCUGCGGAACCACAUGCGCAUCCACACGCAAAGGAAGAAGCACAUUUGCCACACAUGUGGGAAAGCCUUCCGGCUGGCCAGGUUCCUCCGCAACCAUCAGAAGGUUCACGAGGAGGGUGCUACCCCCUUUGGCUGCCCCAGCUGUGGGAAGAGUUUCCAGGGGAGGUCCGGUCUGGCCAGGCAUCGCUGUGGGGAGAACCAGGUAGGCAUGGAAGUCAGGAGGAAGGCCACUGCACCCGCAGGAGAGGGCGAAGAGUGUCGGUACACAUGUGAUCAAUGUGGCCGCUCCUACCGCCAUGCCAGCUCCCUCCUCAACCACAAAAACACCCACACCGUCGGCAUCUACCACUGCGCUGUGUGCCUCAAGACCUAUUCCAAUCUGCUUGCCCUGAAGAACCACCGCCGUAUCCACUCUGAGACGCGACGCCACCGUUGCCAUGACUGUGGCAAGGCCUUCCGUGUUUCCUCCCAGCUCUACAACCACCGCCGAGUCCAUCAGAAGCAGCGGGAAUUGACAUGCCGGUCCUGCCAACGAGCCUUUCCUACGCAGUCCAGCUUCAGACUCCACAUGGAGAUCAGCCAUGGCCAGACACCACAUCCCCGCCAGCCCAGAACCCAGCAGCCCCGACCAGGGGGCUCCCAGGAUUUGGGCUGGGGGUCAGGCCUAGACCUCACCUUGAUGCAAGAGCAAGGACUUAACCCAGCCAGCGUGGCCAAAACCCGCAGUCGUGGGGGCAGCAGUGAGGUCAUUAAGUCCCAUGUCUGCGACCAGUGUGGGCGGUCUUACCGCCACGCCAGCUCCCUCCUCAACCACAAGAACAGUCACAAGACUGGGACCUACUUCUGCAACUCCUGCCAGAAGGAGUUCCCCAACCUGAUGUCCCUCAAGAACCAUCGGCGGAUUCACACAGAGCCCAAACGCUACCAGUGCCCAGACUGCGGCAAGUCCUUCCGUGUCUCCACACAACUCAUCUGCCACCGCCGCAUCCACACCAAGGAAAAGCCGUUCUCCUGCCAGCACUGCGAUAAGCGCUUCUCCUCCAAGUCCAACCUGAGGCACCACAUGAAGGUGCACUGGAGCGGAUCAACGGCGCCCCCUCCCAUGGCCAUGGGUGCGCCCAACUUCCUGGGUAUGCCCGGUGGCCCAUUCAUAUAAGCUAUGAGAUGAGUGGGGGUGGGACUGUUGGGGGUGGGGGUCAAAUGGGGGGAGGAGGGGGGGCAGUCACAUGCCACGGUUUCUGGAGGUGCCAACACUGCUCCUCCUCCUGCUCACGCUCCUCUUCCUCAUUUCCAUGUGUGGCUGUGGUGUGUGAGUGAAGGAUAGUGUGUGUCAGUCCUGGUCCUGCAUGACAUGAACAUACCCUAAACACAAAGUGGACGCCACACACACACACUCUGACACAUGGCUGAAAUGGAAGAUUUGCACAUACACUCAGUUGCUCACACAUCAGUUGCUCACACAUCUCUAGUAUCUUUCUAAACUUUCCUCGAGCAGAGACUUCAUUCACGGACGUUCCCACAAGGCCAUGCGACUGUCACUCUCAGAGGGACUGACUUAGGGGGGGCAGGGGGGCAGGCUCAUGGACUGCAGACAGACAUGAUGUAGUUUUUAUCAGCUGCAUGGACUUCACUAUGCCUCCCUCCUGCAUGUUGCCCUCUAACACUGAGCUUCUCGCUCUGGAACAUUAAUGAGGAUUUAUGCUGCAGGUCCCCAGGGCCCACAGCCACAGACCCUGAGCGGAGUCCAGACUGUUCAAGACCAGCUCGUGAACACUGAGUCCUGUGGUUGUGAGGGUUUGACAGACUGAGCUGCUGUGAGGGUCUGAUGCCUUCUUUACUAAUGAGACAUCGUGUCCGUCAGUCUCUGGAGUCAACGGUGUCAGUGUUGUUUCUGAUAAAGUUCGUGGGGAGUUUUGUCUCGAUGGAAUAUUCUCUUGUUGCCUUCGUCACCAUGUUUUUAAUCCAUAUUCUGACCAUGGUGGUCUGAACCAAGUCCAGACUGUUUUUAUCUUAGUGACCAAUGUGUCAAUGCAGAGGAGGUUCUGGUAAAGACUCAGAGGUUUGGCUUCUUUAUCCUUCUUUGUACCUGAAUGGUUUGACAGCGACAGCAAAGACUUGUUGGAGUUUUUACACUUGAAGACAAGAAGCUUUGGUCUCUGAGGGUCUGCUGUAACUGUAUGUGUACGUUUGAUGAGCUUCAUGUUUUUGCAACUUCCACGUUCACCACUUCCCUACGUCCCAUUCUCACUUUUGGGUUUAACAGCAGGAUGUCACGCAUUCGGGUGAUGAGCAAUUUUUACAUGAUGUCACUGUAGCGACGUGUUUUGACACGUUUAUCUGCUUCAAGUUGAGUAGAAAAUAACCAUACCUCCAUUCCACAGGAAACCAAACGAUGCAUUGACGUUACGUGAGGGAACAUUUUCAUGUAGAUGAGGUUUUCCGAUGACUAUAGGUAGCGGUGCCAUGUCACCGGUCAGAACGAUGGUGUACAGGUAAACUAGCUCAUCCCGGUUCUUACUGUGCGUACAUUGAGGUUAGUUGUCACGCUGUGAUGAUGAUGAUCAUUUGUUAUUAAAGGAAAUGGGUCUUAUUUUCUAUGUUGUCAGUGUAAAUAAUCGACGGGGACAAAUCUGGAAGACUCGAACCGCUGCUGUGAUGUCAUCAGGGCUGAACCAAUGACAGGUGGGACAUGAUGGCCUCAGCAUUCAUAGAGACGGCCCCGUUUGAUGACAUCACAAUGGCUGUUCCACAGUUGACAAGUUAACUCAUCCUGAUUUGUCACUGUCAAUCAUCUACACCAAGCGACAACAGAAAUCAAGGCCCCGUCGGCUCAUCUCAGUCUUUGAGUCCGCUGACAUCCGGCCUCUGGUCUCUUUCUCUGACUUGUUACUGUACGACGUGAAGAGGCUGAGGAACAGCGACGACGACAGGAAGCUGUUAAUGUGUUGUGCUGUUGUAAUCUGACCUUCAAGACCUCUGUUAUACGAAGGAAAAAAGACGACAGAUCAUUGUAGUAAUGCAUUUAUUUAUAUUAUCCUCAUUAUUAUUAUUAUCAUUAACACGUGUAAUGGACGGCACUAGUCUUAGGAUGUGAGUUUAGAGCUUUGUUGAUGUACCCCCACCCCACCCCCAUCCCUCGGUUCUGUGGAGAUGCCAGAACUGUUGAUGGACACUGAGACUCUGAAGAUUUAAGGAACUGGAACAUCAUAAUGGAAAGUGUUUUUGUUAACCC